AUGGAAGAUGCCCAAGUGAUUGCUUGGCUUGUUUCCCUCUUUUUGUGUUAUUGGGUGCUUGUUGUUGAGGGCACUGAUAGCCUUCUCUCUCCGAAGGGUGUCAACUAUGAAGUGGCUGCUUUAAUGUCCAUGAAGAGCAAGAUGAAUGAUGAGUUUCGUGUUAUGAAUGGUUGGGAUAUUAAUUCCGUUGACCCUUGUACUUGGUACAUGGUUGGUUGCUCUGCCGAGGGUUAUGUCGUUUCCCUAGAAAUGGCCAGUGCGGGUUUAUCUGGAAUGAUUUCCUCAGGAAUUGGAAAUUUGAGCCACCUCCAUACAUUGUUAUUGCAGAACAAUAAGUUAUCUGGUCCUAUUCCGACUGAGAUAGGAAAGCUGUUAGAGCUUCAAACCCUUGACCUUUCUGGUAACCAGCUUGACGGGGAAAUUCCUAAUUCUUUGGGCUUUUUGACUCAGCUUAGUUACUUGCGGCUCAGCAAAAAUAAACUAACUGGACAGAUCCCUCAGCUUGUUGCUAAUCUCACAGGCCUUUCAUUCUUGGACUUGUCAUUCAAUAAUCUCAGUGGUCCCACUCCAAAAAUUUUAGCAAAAGGUUAUAGUAUAUCAGGAAACAACUUCCUCUGCACCUCUUCCUCUCAAAUUUGUAUGGGCUUCUCAAAACCAGUAAAUGAUACAGGGUCAUAUCAGUCAACUGGUGGGCAUCAUCAAAGGGUGCUGGCUGUUGUUAUUGGCUUUAGUUGCACAUUUGUAAUUUCAGUUGUGCUUCUCGUCUUUUGGUUGCACUGGUACAAAUCAAACAUUCUUUACACAUCUUAUGUGGAGCAAGAUUGUGAAUUUGAUAUUGGCCAUCUGAAGAGGUUCUCCUUUCGUGAAUUGCAAAUUGCUACUGGAAAUUUCAAUUCAAAAAAUAUCCUAGGGCAAGGUGGUUUUGGUGUUGUCUACAAAGGAUGCCUUGCAACUAAAAUGUUGGUGGCAGUGAAGAGGUUGAAAGAUCCCAACUAUACUGGAGAAGUGCAGUUUCAAACAGAAGUUGAGAUGAUUGGCUUGGCUGUGCAUCGGAACCUCUUGCGUCUUUAUGGAUUUUGUAUGACACCGGAUGAAAGAUUACUUGUUUAUCCGUACAUGCCAAAUGGCAGUGUUGCUGAUCGCUUGAGAGAGACUUGCCGUGAAAAGCCAUCAUUGGACUGGAACAGGCGAAUGCAUGUUGCUCUUGGGGCGGCACGCGGGCUUCUGUAUUUGCAUGAACAAUGCAAUCCAAAAAUAAUCCACAGGGAUGUUAAGGCUGCAAACAUCUUGUUGGAUGAAAGUUUUGAAGCUGUGGUGGGGGAUUUUGGUCUUGCUAAGCUCUUAGAUCAAAGGGAUUCACACGUAACUACUGCAGUGCGAGGUACUGUAGGUCACAUUGCUCCAGAAUAUCUCUCAACUGGACAGUCUUCUGAAAAAACAGAUGUUUUUGGAUUUGGCAUAUUACUUUUGGAGCUCAUAACAGGACAAAAGGCACUAGAUGCUGGACAUGGUCAGGUCCAAAAGGGAAUGAUUCUUGAUUGGGUUAGAACCUUAUUUGAGGAAAAGCGGCUGGAAGUGUUAGUUGAUAGGGAUUUGAGGGGAUGUUUUGAUCCAGUAGAGUUAGAGAAAGCAGUGGAUUUGUCUCUACAGUGUACUCAGUCCCUUCCCACUUUGCGGCCGAAGAUGUCAGAAGUUCUGAAGAUUCUAGAAGGUCUGGUUGGGCAGUCAGUGCGGCCAGAAGAGUCACAAGGGGGGACUAACCUAUAUGAUGAAAGGACUUGCAGUUUCUCACAAAAUUAUAGUGAUAUUCAUGAAGAACCUUCCUUUAUUAUUGAAGCCAUUGAGCUUUCUGGACCUCGAUGA